AUGGUGAAGCAAAAGAUUGUUCUGAAGUUACCAUUGGAUGGCGAGAGGAACAGGAGGAAGGCCUUCAAGGCCACUGUUGGCAUGGCAGGUGUGACAUCCGCCACGAUGGAGGGGGACAAGAUCAUCAUCGUGGGCGACGGCAUCGACACGAUCGGGCUGACGACGAUGCUCCGGCGCAGCUUAGGCCGCGCCGAGCUCGUCAGUGUGUCUUCCGGCGAUGACAAGAGGAAAGAAGUCUAUGGGUACGGGGGAGAAAAGAACGGUUAUGGAUACGGCGGAGAACAAAACAGCUACGGUGGAGCUGGCAAUGGCGGUGGUAAAGACUCCAAGGGUGGCGGCGGCUACCAUCAGAACGCGGUGGUGCCGAUGCAGUACCCCGCGUACCAUCAGUACAACGCCAUGCCGUCUUACCCUGCCUACUCCUACCCUGCUCACGUUUAUCAGCAACAAGAACUGGGGCAGAUUCGAAAAAAAAAGACUCAAGGCUCAAGUUAA